CCUCAAAUAAUUCUCUCCCCCUCUCUCUCUCUCCCUCUCCACAACAGGCACAAACUCUCUCUCUCUCUCUUUCUCUCUCUAUAUUGGAUAUGGAGGAGCUGAAUGCCUACUGCAUUACAGCAUGGCUGCGUAGGCCUCUCUGCAUAAUGAUGUGAUGGAACACCGUACCCCUUUCUCUCAGACUCUUCACAUUUUUAUUUUUAUUUUUUUAAAUUUUCAUAAUUCUGUGUAGAGUUUCUUCAUUCUCUCUCUCUCCCUUUUUUCUGUAUGCUGACUCAUAUAUCAAUGUGGGUUGCUCCAUGAAACCGAGGAUAAAAGAAGUGGCUCUGGAAUUGGAUGAAACGCUGUCGUCUUGUGAUGCUUACUACUAGCUACUGCUAAGCUUUAGCCCCUCCUCUGCAUCUUCUGAACUUUAGUAAAGGGCUCAAGGGCAUCUCUUUUUUCCUCUUUGGGUACUAAAGAAUGGUGGCAGUUUCGUUUGAAAGUCUUGUUUUUUUGGGUUUCUUGGUGCUUUUGAGCUUUGGGGGCUCUGUGGAGGCGAAUGAUGGGACUACUUUAAUGGAGAUUAAGAAGGCAUUUAAGGAUGUGGAGAAUGUGUUGUAUGACUGGACAGAUUCACCUUCAUCAGAUUACUGUGGAUGGAGAGGUGUUAGUUGUGAUAAUGUCACCUUCAAUGUUGUUGCACUAAAUCUAUCAGGUUUAAAUCUUGAUGGGGAGUUGUCUCCAGCAAUAGGACAACUAAAAGGCCUACUGUCCCUUGAUUUGAAGCAGAACCGGCUUUUGGGUCAAAUCCCGGAUGAAAUUGGAGACUGUUCAUCUUUGAAGAGCUUGGACCUAUCCUACAAUGAGCUAUAUGGCGAUAUUCCCUUCUCAAUUUCAAAGCUAAAACAACUCGAAGGCUUGAUUUUGAAAAAUAACCAGUUGAUUGGUCCGAUUCCUUCAACAUUGUCUCAGAUCCCGAACUUGAAAAUUCUAGACCUGGCACAGAACAAGCUAAGUGGAGAAAUACCGAGACUGAUAUAUUGGAAUGAAGUUCUACAAUAUCUGGGACUGCGGGGGAACAACUUGGUUGGUUCCCUUUCUCCCGAUAUGUGCCAGCUAACGGGACUGUGGUACUUUGAUGUUCGAAAUAAUAGUUUAACUGGUUCAAUUCCUCGGAGCAUUGGCAACUGCACUGCCUUCCAGGUUCUGGAUUUGUCUUACAACAACUUGACUGGCGAGAUACCAUAUAACAUCGGGUUCCUGCAAGUAGCCACAUUAUCUUUGCAAGGGAAUAAACUUUCAGGAAAAAUCCCCCCGGUCAUUGGCUUGAUGCAGGCUCUUGCGGUAUUGGAUCUAAGCUGUAAUGUGUUGAGUGGACCAAUCCCUCCCAUCCUGGGGAACUUGACUUACACUGAGAAAUUGUAUUUACAUGGAAACAAGCUAACAGGGUCCAUUCCUCCCGAGCUUGGAAAUAUGACAAAUCUUCACUAUCUGGAAUUAAACAAUAAUCUACUUACCGGUCGUAUACCACCAGAACUCGGGAAGCUUACAGAGCUGUUUGAUUUAAAUGUAGCCGAAAACCUCCUUGAUGGCCCCAUACCUGAUAAUCUCAGCUCGUGUAAAAAUCUGAACAGCCUCAAUGUUCAUGGGAACAAAUUGAAUGGGACCAUCCCACAUGCAUUUCAAAAGCUGGAAACUAUGACUUAUCUGAAUCUCUCGUCUAAUGGCAUAAGUGGUCCCAUUCCAAUUGAGCUAUCCCAUAUUGGAAACCUGGAUACAUUGGAUCUUUCGAAUAAUAAGAUCAGGGGCUCGAUUCCCGAUUCCCUUGGUGACCUCGAACAUCUUCUGAAACUAAAUUUAAGCAAGAAUGAUAUAUCUGGACAUAUUCCAGCAGAGUUUGGCAAUUUAAGAAACAUCGUGGAGAUUGAUAUUUCGAGCAAUCACAUUUCUGGUCCGAUACCUCAAGAACUCAGUCAACUUCAAUACCUCUUCUCGCUGAGAGUAGAAAAUAACAAUUUAUCAGGCGAUGUGGUGACACUGGCAAAUUGCCCGGCUCUUAGUGUUCUAAACGUCUCGUACAAUAAUUUAGUUGGGAAUAUUCCAACCGGGAACAACUUCUCAAGAUUUUCACCAGAUAGUUUUAUUGGAAAUCCAUAUCUCUGUGGAUAUCAGCUCAAUUCUUGUCAAUCGUCUCAUCCCAGAGGGAGAGUCAUGAUCUCUAAAAGAAGUAUCCUCGGGAUUGCUUUGGGUGGCUUGAUGAUUCUUCUGAUGAUUUUAGUGGCAGCAUGCAGGCCACAGAAUCCAACACGGAUGGAAGCAUCAAUUGAUAAACCGAUUUAUUACUACUCGUCGCCUAAGCUGGUUAUACUUCAUAUGAACAUGGCACUUCAUGUUUACGAGGACAUUAUGAGGAUGACAGAGAACUUGAGCGAGAAGUACAUGAUUGGUUAUGGAGCUUCGAGCACUGUGUACAAAUGCGUUCUUAAGAAUUGCAGACCGGUGGCUAUUAAGAAGCUGUAUUCUCACCACCCUCAGUGCCUAAAAGAAUUCGAGACAGAGCUUGAGACAGUCGGGAGCAUUAAGCAUCGUAACCUCGUUUGUCUCCAAGGCUAUUCCCUUUCUGCAGCUGGCCAUCUUCUCUUUUACGACUACAUGGAAAACGGUAGCCUCUGGGAUUUGCUUCAUGGGCCAACUAAAAAGAAGAAGCUCGAUUGGGACACUCGUCUUCGUAUAGCUCUUGGUGCAGCUGAAGGGCUUGCUUAUCUUCACCAUGAUUGUAACCCCCGCAUAAUCCACCGGGAUGUUAAGUCAUCGAAUAUUUUGUUGGACAACGAUUUUGAGCCUCAUCUCACCGACUUUGGAAUUGCAAAGAGCUUAUGCACAUCCAAGUCCUAUACUUCGACCUACGUAAUGGGAACUAUUGGUUAUAUUGAUCCCGAGUAUGCAAGAACUUCCCGCCUCACAGAGAAGUCAGAUGUGUAUAGCUAUGGGAUCGUCCUGCUAGAAUUGCUGACAGGAAGAAAAGCUGUAGAUAACGAAUCCAACCUUCAUCAUCUGAUCCUAACAAAGGCUGCGAACAACGCAGUGAUGGAAGCUGUUGAUCCCGAGAUCUCUGCUACGUGCAAGGAUCUUGGCGACGCCAAGAAGGUUUUCCAGCUCGCCCUUCUGUGCACCAAGAGGCAGCCCUUCGAGAGGCCAACCAUGCACGAGGUAGUCCGGGUGCUCGAGAGCCUAAAACAGUCAACCGAGCCAAAACAGCUGAACCCAACCGCACUGGCGCCGCUCCCUUCCGCCCACACGCCAUGCUACAAGGACGAGUACGCGAAUCUGAAGACCCCCCAUCUCGUAAACUACUCAUCCAUCAGCACAUCAGACGCCCAACUGUUCCUCAAGUUUGGAGAAGUGAUAUCCCAGAACAGCAGUGGCUAAUUAAGACUAAAAAUUAUUGUGUUUUGUGUAUAAAGUUGUUGAAACAUAGAGAAAGGGACAGGUUUGAGAGGGGGAGGUGGGUUUCUGAAUGGAGUCUGCAAAGCUGUAAGAGUUUUGGCUACUAGUUCUUGGCAUCUUGGUAGUUGAAGACUUGAAUUAUUGCAUUAUUGUACAUAACUUUAAUGCCUUGUAGGUGGUCCUACUUUGACACUGGUAUCUAUAGUCCUUGUUUGGAUCCUGCAGGUUGUUAAUGGAGUUUUCAGUAGAAGAUAUGAACCGUAGAUCAUGUCAGUCCAAAAAUAUGAUCCAGUGAGUUACAGCUUCAAAAUCGUAUUCAAUGAGAUGAUGAAUCGUUCUUGUUGCUA